CAGAACUCUUUUUGCUUUUUUAGUUCGCGCCCUUUAUCUCAUAUCAUCAAGAGCCAUUCAUGACAAUUGCUCGCUCUGCCCGCAUCGUGACAAGUGUUUUGACCGGAAAAUAUGGGAGGUGAAUCUAUCUUCGCAGGCAUCAGACCGACUCACUAUGGCCUUCGCAUCGAAACCAAUCUCGAGGACGGCGUCUUUGAAGGCACAGUAGCUAUCGAUGUCGAAGUCAAGGAGAGUAUAACUUCCAUCAGUCUGGACGCCCGCGAGCUUGAGAUUCCAUCCAUAACAGUUUACGAUGAAACUGGAAAGCUAUGCCCUGUAUCAAAUUUUGAAAUAGACAAUGCGCGGGAGACUUUGAAAAUAUUACUCGAAGAACCUGUUCCUGCAAACUCGAAACUUCGACUAUGCCUGCUCUUUGCAGCAUCCCUCAAGAGAUCGGAAGGCGGCUUUUACAUAACAUCAAUGCCAUCUGACUCCUCAGACUCAAAAGUAAUAGCGUCAACGAUUAUGGAGGCAAGGAAUGCAAGAAUGGUCUUUCCUUGCUUUGAUAAUCCAGGUCUGAAAGCUACGUUUUCUGUCACUCUAGUCGGCGAGGAACGCUUGACAUUUCUGGGAAAUAUGCCGGUAAAAUCAGACACAGAGAUCUGGACAAAAGCUGGUGCCAGGAGAGUUAUUGAAUUCGAAAAGACGCCAGUAAUGUCUACUUACUUGGUAGCAUUCGCAGUAGGAGAGUUCAACAUGAUUGAAACAAACAGCUUCCGAGUACCGGUCAGAGCGUAUGCUCCUAUCGAAUAUGAAAUAGAGAACUGUCGUUUUGCUCUUGGGCUUGCCUGCAAAGCAUUGGAGAUUUUUGAGGCAACAUUAAAUAUCCAGUAUCCGCUACCGAAGCUGGAUCUGUUGGCCAUUCCGGGGGCUACGGCGGGGAUGGAAAAUUGGGGCUUGGUUACGUUGCCACCAGCAAUCCAAUGUAUAAGUCACGACGAUUCGGCAUCAGAGAGGGCUUUCGCUAUCAACUUGAUCUUUCACGAAAUUGCGCAUCAGUGGAUUGGGAACCUGGUCACCAUGAAAUCAUGGGAUAACUUUUGGAUCAAGGAGGGUCUAUCCGACUGGGCAGUAAUAUAUGCAUGCAAUCAGAUGUCGGAGGGUUCGGAGUCAUGGCAAAACUUCGUGGUGGACGGGUAUCAAACAGCGCUGAUCAUGGAUUCGAAAAGAUUAUCACACCCCCUAGAAGGGUCCAUAUCUGGAUCUAAAAGUAUUGAUGAGCUAUUCGACGAUAUCACCUAUAAGAAAGGUUGUGCGGUCCUGAGAAUGCUCUCGGCGCAUCUGGGCGAGGAAGUAUUCCUUAGAGGACUUCGACAAUAUCUGAAGCAAUAUGCAUAUCAAAAUACAGAUACUGAAGAUCUGUGGAAGGUCCUUACCGAAGUCUGCGGUUCUGAUGUUGGCGCAAUAAUGGGCAUAUGGACAAAGGAAGCCGGGUAUCCCUUUAUCAGUCUGACAGAAGAUGAGUCUUCUGGUACCAUCAGCGUCACACAAAACCGAUUUCUUUUGACCGGAUACUCGACAAUGGGUGAGAAUGAGAUACUGUUCCCAAUACUUCUGAAAAUACGGCAUGGAGGCGUGACCCUUGAAGAAGAGUUGGUGGGGAUAAAUAAGACAAUCAAGGUGCCUUCUGAAUUCUACAAAAUCAACGCAGAUCAAACUGGAUUCUAUCGGGUCGCAUACCCUCCAGACCGUCUUCUGAAAUUAGGAGAGUCCAUCAGCACCGGCAAAGAACUUCUCUCUGCAGAAGACCGUGCCGGUAUCAUUUCUGACACAGCAGCUCUAGUUUUUUCCUGUUGUCCAUUCCUCAAAGCCUCGGAUCUCUUGAGACUGCUGCAAAAUUUUGAGAAUGAAACGAGUUACAUUGUUUGGAAAAUGAUUCUGUCUACCCUGCGAGAGCUAUCUCAAUAUCUUGCAUCAGAAGAUUGUGAUGCAACGGUCGCAAUAGCACGAUUCCAAAAACAGCUUGUCAAGAAAUGUCUUGAUACAGUUUUGAAUCUCGCGGAGAAUGACAAUAUCAAUGAACAAAGAUUCAAGGCCCUGAUGUUUGGAAACCCUGGCAACGAUGAUAACCUCAUUGAAUCCGCAUGUUCCUUGUUCGAUCGUUUUAUCCAAGGUGAUACGAACAAUAUCUCCCCAACAAUUCGUCGAGAAAUAUUCAAAUUAACCAUGAAAAAAGGCGAUUCUGACGCUUACAACCAGCUUACGAACCGACUGAAGAAAGCAAACACUGCCGAAAGAAACGAUAUACUGGCAUCAUUGGGCUAUUCCGAGAAUAUUUCUUGCAUAAAGAAGAACAUGCAAUUAGCCAUGAGCCCUGGCUUACUAUCAGAGCCCGAAAUCGGUGUAUUGAUGAGGCCAGUUGUAACGCAUGAGAAUGGCCGAGGGGUACUCUGGGCAAUAUUGAAAUCCGAGGCAUGGAAAGAAAUCCCAGGCCUAAGUUUACAAAAACUGUUUCCUCUUUUUCAGAUUGUUCUGGACUCCUUCACCACUAUUGAGCAAUAUGAAGAUGCAAAGGAUUUUUUUGGAGAUAAGGAUACCAGUGAGUUCGAUGCGGCCCUGAAUCAAUCUUUGGAUUUGAUCCUUGCGAGAUUCCGUUGGGUCGAACGAGACCGUGAAGAUGUUUUAGAUUGGCUCAAGAGAAACGGAUAUUAUCACCAAUCUCAGAACGGUGUUACAGGUUCUGUUUGAAGGAUCUAGAGGGCAUUUCUUCGAUAUCCUGUCAUUUUAUUUGUGGUAAUUUAUCUUGAUUCUAGCGGCAGACUCAACCUAAUAAUGGUAUACGUUAUUGAUUAUCAGACCGAUAGGACAUGCUUCAAAAAUAUAUAUCCGAAUGGGAAAAUUCAUGGAAUUUCGACACUUCAAAUCUACCUACCUAC